UUUUUAUUUUUGUUUGUGUUGUUUGUCGUUAUAAUGUGUACAGCAGUAAAAAUAAUUAAAACACUGUAAUAUGAUAGGAUAGCAAUCACAGAAUCCCUCUUAAGGUCGGUCGGGUUGGAAUGCAGCCUCCCAGUCAUUCCUGCUCCGCGGUGUCAGCCUCACUCGAUCCACAUCCGGUCCACCUUAAAUAUUUCUGCUCUCAGAGCGCACCGCGACGGGAGCGCGCGGCAGCGGCGGCAGCAGCGGCUCUGUCAAAUCACAACGGGAGUGACGCGCAGGCGGAGCACUUACAUCAAAACCCUCCGAGGACUUUUUUUUUAACGCGUAAAAGUCACGGUGUUUUCGGUAAAUCGGUGUGGAAGUACGCAGACGUCAGGAUUAUGAAAAGCUGCGAUAGUUAGCCAGCGUCUCGCGGGCGUUUGGAGCACGUUACGUACACAAAGUAAGUUUUUCUCCCAGCUGAGAGGCGCACGAGACGCGACCGAGGACUAACGUUAAAGGGGAUUUUACCGUCUCGGCUUUCUGUCGUUGUUUUUAUUGUUUGUUUGUUUACACCGAGGGAUGUGAGUCUGCCUGUUUGGAGCUGUUUUUAUUGACACAAACAACAAGGAUAACGCCACUUGUGUUUGAACCCCGCUCUGUUUGAAGUCACCAUGCUGACGAACACGGCGCUUUACGCGGUGAAGAAACGGAAGAAGCCGGUUCAGAAAAUACCCAAACCACCACCCCCAGAUGGCGCCAAGUCCAACCCGUCCAAGCGCCACCGCGACCGGCUCAACGGCGAGCUGGACAAGCUCACCAGCCUGCUGCCCUUCACCGAGGAGGUCAGGGCACGGCUGGACAAGCUGUCCGUGCUGCGCCUCAGCGUAGGGUACCUGAAGGUCAAGAGCUUCUUCAACGCCACCAUGAAGAAAGGCCAGAAUGGCACCAGCUGGACCAGCGAGCGGAGCCUCAUGUUCGGGGUAAACGCCCAGAGCACGCCGACUCCGUCCUCCACAGCCUCCAUGUCUCACCAGGUGACCUCCAUCGAUGGAGUCAGCUUCACUGAGGGAGACCUGCUGCUUCAGGCUCUGAACGGCUUUGUGUUGGUGGUGACGGCUGAAGGCUACGUCUUCUACACAUCCCCAACCAUCCAGGACUUCCUCGGCUUCCACCAGUCCGAUGUCGUCCAUCAGAGCGUCUUUGAGUUGAUCCACACAGACGACCGAGCGCUCUUCAGACGGCAGCUUCACUUCGCCCUCAACCCAAAUAACAGCCAGCCAGACGGCACUGCAGCGAGCCCCAGCGAGCAGAACUCCACGGAGAUCAGCACCAACGUGAUGGCGUACGACCCGCAGGCCAUCCCUCCAGAGAACUCCUCCUUCCUGGAGAGGAACUUCUGCUGCCGUUUCCGCUGCCUGCUCGACAACUCCUCCGGCUUCCUGGCCCUGAACUUCCGCGGCCGGCUGAAGUUCAUCCACGGUCAGAACCGGGUGUCUGAGGACGGGACGUUGGUUCCCCCGCAGCUCGCUCUGUUCUCCAUCGCCACGCCCAUGCAGCCGCCGUCCAUCCUGGAGAUCCGCGCCAAGACGCUCAUCUUCCAGACCAAACACAAGCUGGACUUCACGCCCAUGGGCAUCGACGCCAGAGGGAAGGUGGUUCUGGGUUACGACGAAGUGGAGCUCUGUAUGAAAGGGUCGGGCUACUACUUCAUCCACGCUGCAGACAUGAUGUACUGCGCUGACAACCACAUGAGAAUGAUAAAAACCGGAGAGAGCGGCUUCACCGUCUUCAGGCUUCUGGCCAAAACUGGGACAUGGGUCUGGGUCCAGGCCAACGCCAGGUUGGUCUUUAAAGCAGGGAAACCAGACUUCAUCGUGGCCCGGCAAAGAGCUUUGACAAAUGAAGAAGGGGAAGAGCAGCUGCGUCUCCGAAGGCUGCAGUUGCCGUUCAACUUUACCACAGGAGAGGCGUUACUUUACGAUGUCACUCCGACUGUCGAGGUCCCCGACCCAUGCUCGGCCCCCAAGCAGAGGAAGUUAGACAGCUACUCUGUCAGCCCCAGCUCCAUACUGGGCAGCAUGCUGAGUCAGGACCAGUCUAUCUACUGUGAACACAACACCAACACCCUCAACUCCGUCAGUGAUAUCGCCUUCCAGGACACCCACGCUACAGUCAGCGUCCCUGGAGAUGUGUGGCAGCUCACUUCGCCCAGACCUGUUGUGGGAAGCCUGGUGAAGUCCGAGGCCUCAGUUCAGGACAUGAUGGAGACCCUUCAGCAGAUCCUUGGGGACAACGACCUUGCCGACGCCCUGGACGUGGGGCCCGACGAGCUUAAGAGCUGGGAGAGCACCCUGCUGAAGAUGAGCAACAACAGCUGCGAGAUGAGCGAAGACCUGGACAUUCUCAGCAACGACAUCCUGUCAUACGUGGAGGAGCAGCUCCAGAAGGAGAGCACACUCAAGCUGCCAGAUCAGCUGGAUGACAUACCGACCUGCCUCUCCACUUUGGAGCUCCAGAACCAGAAUCCAGAGCAGGGCGUGGAGCAGAACUUCAGCUGGCCUAUGGAGCCCCAGAACCAGCUGAUAACAAAUGGAGGGCAGAUGGUAGCCGCACAGCCGACUCCGGCCCUGGGGAUGAUGAAACUGACCCACAUGGAUCUCCCUCAGAUGAGUUCUGGUUUAAACGGUCCAACCCUUCAGCAGAUCGCCUCACAGCUCCCCGCUUCUGUUGGACUUCAAAUGGGAACCACAGGCAACAUUGGCGCUCCAGUUACCUUCAACCCUCCCAUGGUGGCCCAAACACAGAACCAAGUGAGGAACAUGCAAGCCGCUAAGGACAACAACCUCGGAGAGUUUACGCUCAGGCAAAUUUCAACCAAUCAGAUCCACCCUAACCAAAUGGCUCAACCAAUGCAGAACCACCUUCAGAUGCGGACGCCCAACCUACCAGUCGGCCUCCAGGACCAAAGCGCAAAGAGACAGUUAAAUCCUGUGUUCAACUUUCAGGGAAACCAGUGGAACUCGUCCGUCCCCAACUCAAACCAAGCCGACAACUUUGUAGAAACAUACACCCAAAAUAUUUCAAACGAACCGGCUUUUACCGCAGAUCCCUCCUCGUCCAGCUGCUUACAGGGCCACUUUGCACUUCAGACACAGAACAGCGAGAAUCAGAGACAGUCUUGGCCGCUGGAGCAGCAGCUGAUCACAGGUGGACACCAACAAAUGGACGCCUGCCUCAACCAAAUGUCAGGGUUUCAACGGAAUACUCUCCCUGGAGUUGUCACGGCCCAGAACACCGUCAACGGCAGGCCCAUAUUCAGGACUCAAGAGACUCCUGAUGUACCAUUUCCUGUUCAGCCAGUGGUGGAGCCGCCGACUCUUGCACAACCUAGCAGUUGUAUGUUCAGUAAUGCCCCCACCUCUGUGCCUGUAAACGGAGUGCACCUCAGUCAGCCGCCCCCCUGCCAGAGACUGAACCCCGCUGGCAACCAGAUUCCCUCCAAGCCUUCCUGCUUCUAUCAGGGUCUCCCCGGAGGUGGAGCCGUGCCGGGGAUGACGGCUAUCCCCAACCCCGAUGAGGCGCCACUGUCCUGCCAGAUGACGGCCGGUCUCGACCCGAAUGGCCUGCUGGUGCAACAACAGCCGUACCUAAACUUCAGUGAACAGACACAGAUCAACAGCCGUCCGGUCGUUGGUAACGGAGGCUUCCCCUUCUCCUCGCUGCCCAAUGGGAACGCAUACUACUCAGAGAACAAAUAGGAAUCAGCUGCUGCAGCUUGUGGACGGCAGAGGAUCCCGACUCGGACUGAAGCGGCAGUUAAAAGGAAGCAAAAACAUGAGAGUGGAUCAGACUGAAGAACAGAAUGUGCCCAGGAAGCACGUGGAGACACGACAGGACGCCUCCCCUUUCUUCUCAUUAGAAAACAGUGAUGAAAGCUUUAAGUGUUCAGGACGGCUGCUCUUCGAGGAGGAGGAGGUUGUUUCCACUGCUUGGAUUGUACCAAAAAAAAAAGAUUUGUUUUGUGCAAUCGUGAUCAAGUUGGAGGGAUUUAAACGCAAGCACAUCUGGGGUUUUUUCUACCAUGUUGAUGGACGGAAGUUUGGCUGCAGCCUGUCUGGGUUGUCGCUCAUCAUCGGCCAGUCGAGCGGCUCCAUGCAGCUCUUUACUGGAGGUGAGGUUGUCAAUCAAAUCAACCCCUCGUCCUCAUCCUCAGGCUUUUCUCUUGUAAAACCCACACACACACGCUGCGCGAGUCUUGCAACAGAGUCGAAGUUUUCAGGCAGUCGUAUGUUUGACACCCUUGAUGACCAGUCCGCACCUGAUCUUAUCAGAACAAAGUCCUUCCUCAGCGUCCUUAACGUCCCCUUUUAUUUGCUCGGACCUGACAGCUGCGGUGUUGCUCACGAUUUCAGCCUUCGACGCUCGUAGUUUACUUUUUAGAGCAUCAAAAUCUUCAGUUGGGGCAUUCUUCAGUUCUUGCCUUAUCAUUGACGAGAGGAUGUCGGACUUUGUUGCCUCCAGGUCCAUGUUUGUAACUGGGUAGCAGGUCGGGCGGGGCUACCUGGAGGACUCGAUGUGGAAGGAAAUCAUUCGGAAUUAAAGUCUUUCCAGGUUUACAUGGGAAAUAUUCAUUCCGAAUGAGAGUUUAC